AUGGACGACGCUCUCUCCGUCCAUGCGAUGUCUCUGGCCCCAUCUCCUCCACCUGGGGCCUCUCCACCUGUGGCUAGCCAAACUAGCCAACCCACCACCGCUCCUGAUCUGGCUGCGCACCUCUGCACCACAGACUCUCCGGCCUCCGCAGCAGCAGCUCGUCCUGAAGAUGUUGCAGGCCGUCAUCAUCAGACUCUCAGGAAGUCUCCCUCGGGGCCGAGCCACUUCACCACCGUCCGCCUGGCAGACCCCCAGCCGGAAUCGCCGUCCCAAAUGCAGAAAGAGGUGGCGGAGCAUCCGCUAUCAUGUCCUGGCAGCUCGCACACGAUGUGUGUACUACCAGUUGCUUCACGUUUGAUGUUACCAGUUUCCUGUACCUUGAUGAUUUCAUCUGCGACUGAUGAAGUGAAGAACCUGACGGGCUCUGAGGGAGGAUCCAUCACUCUACCUGACCCUGUUGUGGAGUUGGGAUUUCUUUCAUUAGGAGGAAAGCCUAUUGCUAUGGUGACUGAGAGGAAAAUCUCAAUAUUGGAGGAGAUUUAUAAGGACAGACUUCUCUUGAACAACAACACUGGACUCUUUACACUCUCGGGCCUGCAGAGGACUGACUCUGGGAUUUAUUAUAUUGACUCUAAAAAGGGAAGAGUCUUCACUAGCUCUUAUAAACUCACUGUGUAUGAGUCUGUCCCGACUCCUGCAGUGAAGGUAACAAGUGUGAGCGCUGACAGCUGCACCUUACUGUGUUUAGUGGAGAAAGCCGAAGAGACGUCACUGUUGUGGUACAAAGACGAGGAAAUAGUGAACCAGAGCAGCUCUGCGCUCUCUCUGCCUCUCACAGUACACAAGCAGGACUUCAGCUCCUCUUACAGAUGUGUGGCAGCCAACCCUGCUGAAAAUAAGACUCAUGCAGUCCAUGUUGCCACAUCCUGCAGUGGACAAAACAACACGGAGAUAAACACAAGACAUCAUAUGAUGGGAAUUGCAAUCUCAAUAGUGGCUACUGUAAUUAUUAUACUUGUUGCCUGUAACAUCAAGUGGAAAUAUUUUGACAAGAGGAGAACCAGACAAGCACAAGAUGCAGUGAACAGAGGAUCAGAUGUAGAGUACAGUGAUAUACAAAUAUGUGAAGACCGACGCAGUCAGGGAGAAAAUGUACAAGAACCAUCAGGAAAUGCUGAUCACUCCAAUCUGAAAACAAUCUAUUAUAAGCUGGAGGCUCAACGCUUGGUGCCGAUUUAUACAGACACUACGGAUGUUUAUGAAAUAUAAACAACAAUCUUCCCAAAUACACGAGAAACUGAGAAAUUCUAGAGACGGGGAAAUAUAAAGGUCUUGAUAUUCUCACAUCGACACUGUUUGAUGAAUCCCUUUCAUUACUUUUACAUGUGUUGUAUUGUUUUUGUUGUAGUGCAUUUUUUUUUUACUGAAUCUUUGUCUCACAUCAUUAACGGUUACUGUGCGACGCUUGAUACAACAAGCUCAUAAAUUUCAUCCGUUGCCAGGUUAUAGCCACAUUUUAAGGUCAUACUGCGAUUUCAAAACAAAGUGUGUUGUCAAACCUUUCAGAUGAUAAAGAUGUGGCGUAUGAAAGCAUUGUAGAUGCUAUAAAUAGCAUCCCUGAUGAACUCCCCACCCACACUUCUCUAUUUUUUAAUGGAAAUUAGAAUCCACAGAAGAUAAGAGAAUUAGACAAAUUAAAAACAACCUGUGUGCUGAGCAACACAAAGUACUCUGUCCUCUCUGUCCCCGUCCGCCAUCUGUCGUUCAGGUGACAGUUAUGGUUUGAGGCCUGCAGGCAGGUGCAGCAGAUACUGUAAUCUAAGAAAAGGGAUUUGUUUUAUUUUUUUUUUUCCCACAGGAAGGAGGAACAGAGACAGACAAGUCCCCACAUUCACACGGUGGCCAUUGUCCUGUCGUCUGCUCAGGGUGGGAACCGUGAUCACUGUCGAGUUAAGCCUGUGCGACAAUGGCAGUGGGAGCAGUAGUAAUAACAGUAGUUAAUGUAACCAAAUUAAAAAGUGCCGACCAAUCAGGACUCAGGUUUUUGUCAUAAUCCAGCCCUUUUUCUUUGCAUGUUGUGCACUAGUCAACAUGUUGACCUGAGGAACUGCAGUUAGUGUGACUUGUGGCUGCGUGUUGUCGCUUACAUGUUAACUAGUUAUCUAGUCCAGUUACAGGAAAUCACACAAUCCAGCUGUCAACCAGACUGUAGUUGUAGAGAUCGGAGACUUCACCUCAUCACUUUUACUGAGACUCCCUCCUGCCACCUACUGACACUUUAUGAGCCUGACACCCACUCACUGGUAGAUUUUUCAGUCAUUUCAUGUGUCUCAUUAGUUGCUUAGUGGCAAAUAUGACACACAGUGCUUUCAGGUGUUUUAUUUAGAAAUUAUAACAAAAGGGUAUUAUUUGGUAAAGUGUUAACCUGUCACAAUGCAGACACCAGAAAACUUCUAAUUUAACCUGUUAUUUUUACCAUUGUGUUAAAUCAUUGACACAAUUGACAUUGAUCAUUCACAUUAGUUUUAAAAAAUUGUUGCAGUGUUUAUAUAGUUCUUAGUUAUUUGUACUUGCAUUUAACUGCAAGUGUACAUUUUUAAUUUUUAACAUGAUUAUUAAUAAUUAUUACUGAUUAUAUCAGUUUAAUAUAAGUGUGUGUAUAUAUAUUUUUUUUUAAUAGCACAAUUCUUCUCUUUAUGUAAAUGUUUUUAUUUCACACUUGCUUUGGCAAUCUUAAUGUUAGCUUCCCAUGCCAAUAAAGCCCCAUUUAAUUGAACUGAAAUAUAUAUUUCACUCUGCUGAGCUUGACAUUUGUGGUUCAAAGUCAAAAGGAUUCAUGUUUUGUGGUCCAGAUAUUGCCAUCCCUAAAGCUAUAAAACUCCAUGCUCCUGAAAACUUCUUAACAUAUGUUACAGGUGCAUCGGAUUUUAUUUAGCUGCAAUUGUGCACUCUUUCAUCAUGUUCUCUAACUUGAUGAACAGCAUGUGACAAUUCAUAUUGUUACAAGGAUUUAAUUUGGAUUUGAAUCCCGAUGGCAAAGUUUGAUGAAUGCCAUAACUUACACGUGCAGGUUUUUCUAAUUUCUUGCCACUGUAAUUCACCUGAAGUGUUUCUAAAAAAUGUCCAUGUUUUAUUGUUUCACAAUUACUUUUUUCAUAUUAUUUCUGUCCUUAUUACUCAUGGGAAUAAACAUACUUCAUCAUCGCCAUCAUCAUAAUCAUCUAUAAGAUCCACCAUUAGGUAUGUACAAACCCCAAUUUAAGAAAUGUUGGAAUAUUUUCCAAAAUGCAAUAAAAACAAAAAUCUGU